UAAUUGUAGGUAUGCGGAAGGUUGCGGGUAGCGCAGCCAACCUUGAUAAGUCUUAGCUUUAUUGAAAACUAACUGCAGAGACCAAGAGGAGUUGACAAACUUAACCCUUUUCUGAUUCUGAUUUGUACGUACAAACCGAACGAUAUGUACUUCAAAAUUAUACUUAUUCUCUCAGGAGCAGUUUUUAUCCACGCACAAAGAAGUCAUGAGUUAUGUCAAAGCUUUGGGUGCUUUGACUCAAGUGACACUCAACUCACUAUGACACUCGAUGGUGAUGAACUAUACUAUGCUGACUUUAAAAAAGGGCUUCUUGUUUGGGAUAGUAAAGUCCCUACAAAUUUCCAUGUUCCCUAUGCUUAUGAAAUUGCAUUACGUUACCGAAUUGUGUGCAGAGGUGAACUGAUGAGAUACAAAUUAGACAAGUCUGCUACAAUGAAGACUAAAGAGCCCCCAGAAAUCAUCAUCUACCCCAGAGAUGAAGUGAUAGAAGAGGAAGAAAAUACCCUCAUCUGCUUCAUCAAUCAUUUCUUCCCUCCCUCCAUCAACAUAAAGUGGACCAAGAAUGAUAUAGACUUAACAGUGGAAGAUCCUUUCGACAAAUGCAUAAACAAUCCUGAUGGAACAUUUCAUGUUUUCUCCUACCUAAACUUCGUCCCAAAGGAAGGAGACAUCUACAGCUGCACUGUGGAACAUGCGUCGCUGGAGAAGCCUCAGACCAAGUUUUGGGAGGCUGACAUAUAUCAGACUAGUAUUAGUCCCACUGUCUUUUGUGGACUCGGCCUGUUCCUUGGACUUCUUGGAGUUGCUGCAGGAACAUUCUUUUUUGUGAAAGGAAAGUCUUAAUGUUAAGAUGUAUAUCAUACACAGCGCAGUGAUCAUUUUGUCCCUGGUUGGUUUCUGGCCAGCAACAUUUGUUUCAUGUCAUCCACACUUUCUCUCUUCUCUUCUUUCCUGACACCUCAUCUGCUAUUGAGUAAAAGAGAAAUGCCCCAAAUACCUUAAAAACGUAAACAUCUGUAGUUCACUGAAUGACCUUUCUUUAUCACUGUGUUCUCUUGUUUCUCAGUGUGUCAAAAUACAAAACAGCUUUAUUUUUUUAGGUUGUUGUCACUUCUUUUUUCUACUAUUAAUAACUCCUAAUAGAUGAAUCUGAUUGUCACUGAGUCAUUGAGUUAUUGUAAAUAUCUGUAUCUGACAUGUUAGCCUCAAAUAAACAACGUUUAAUGAAGAUUGAAAAC